UAAAAAAUCGGGAGGAAAGAACAAAGAACGAACCAGAAGGGGGCAAAACGAUGUCGUCGAGCAAUGGCAAUUCCACGGCGGCGACGACGCCGUUACUAGGCGACCAGAUCUUCCCCACUCGGCCGCGGUUCCUCCGCCGCCCGCCUAGUCUACGCGGCGCGGCGCGUUUCCUCCGGCGGGCGAGCAGCCGAGGGCGCGCGAUGCGAGAGCCUUCCGUCCGCGUCCGGGAAGCUGCGGCGGAGCAAAUCGAAGAGCGGCAAAGCGAUUGGGCUUACUCCAAGCCGAUAGUGAUCCUGGACCUCGUCUGGAAUCUGACCUUCGUGAUCGUCUCGAUUUCUGUUCUGAUCGUGAGCCGCCGGGAAACACCUUCGGUGCCUCUGAGGCUGUGGAUUGUUGGAUACGCACUGCAGUGUGUUCUUCAUAUGGUAUGCGUUUGCUUCGAGUAUAAGAAGAGGUAUUACUCGCAGCAGAAUUCGGAUGAUGAUGAGAGGGAACCAAUUGCUUACAGCCGGAAUUUCUCCAAUUCGAGCUCCGGCAGUGAUGAAAUGGACUUCGGCGAUUAUAGUUCCGAGCACCGGCAAAGUGAUGACGAAACCAGCGUUGCUAAACAUCUGGAAUCAGGGAAUACUAUGUUUUCAUUCAUUUGGUGGAUUGUUGGGUUCUAUUGGGUAUCUGUUGGUGGUCAGAGUUUGCCGAGCGAAUCGCCUCAACUUUAUUGGCUUUGCAUUACAUUGAUGGCGUUUGAGGUGUUCUUUGUUGUUAUCUGCAUUGCUGUGGCAUGUGUUAUUGGAAUUGCUGUUUGCUGCUGUCUUCCAUGCAUUAUUGCGAUAUUAUAUGCAGUGGCUGAUCAGGAAGGAGCUACUAAAGAGGACAUCGAGAGACUACCUAAGUACACAUUUCGAAAAAUUGGCGACUUUGAGAAGCAAAACGGUGAAAUUCAGGAAUCCUUCGGAGGCAUCAUGACUGAAUGCGACACCGACUCACCCUCAGAACAUGUCCUUCCUAUCGAUGAUGCGGAAUGCUGCAUAUGCAUUUGCGCAUACGACGAUGGAACAGAGCUACGCCAACUCCCCUGCCGCCAUCAUUUUCACUUAGCUUGCAUAGACAAGUGGCUGCACAUAAAUGCGACGUGCCCGUUGUGCAAGUUCAAUAUACUGAAGAACGGCAACCAGAGCAGCAGCGAGGAAGUAUGAUCGGGGGAGUCGAUUUUCGACGAAACUAGCAGCUCAAGAAGAUGCAGAGAAAGAUGUAAUAUGUAUUGAGAUGAUGCUGUGCCAAUUAUAUACGUAUUUCCUGCCC